AUGCAAAUGUCUGGUACUCAUAAUUAUUAUGGUUCAGUACGUCGAGUGGCACAUGGUGGUCGUUAUUCACAUACACAUGAUCUAUCCAGUAAUUAUUAUUAUGAACAUCGUCAGAAACAUUAUAAUAAUCGUUAUAAUUAUUCGAAUGAACAUUAUCAACAACAACGUCCAACAAAUAAAAAACAUCCUAAACGUGGUGAUGCAUCAGUUAUACAAAAUCAACAACAAAGAUAA